UCAGUUGUGGACCAUAGACAUGUGUUCUUAAUUUAAAUAUUAUUCAUUCGUUGAAACGAUUAUGGAAGUUAUAGGAAUCUUACUGCUGGUUGCGGUUCUGGCGACAGGUGCCAGCAAUGGAGAUCCUAUAGAUAACCUAACAACACUAUCGCCGCUGUCAGACGGCCCAUGCUCCUCCCAGAGUAUCGGCGAUGUGGACUUCCAGACCGUAGACUUGAUUGCGGUGUACCGUUUGGACAGUCCGGAUACGACUGGAGUAACUCUGGUACAAGGCUCCCAGGACUUGCAGACGGCGUUUCGGAUUGGUGACGGGGCUAAUCUAACUUUACCAUUACGGAAAGUUUUUCCAAAUGGCUUACCCGAGUAUUUUAGUGUGGUGGGCACAUUCAACGCUCGCGGACAACAUCGGCCGUGGAGUUUGAUCCGCGCUCGUUCCCAAACUCUUGAGUUCUCUUUGACACUCCUACCCAAUGUGCGCAAGUUUGCUGUGUAUGUGCAAGGAUCAAGGGUUGUGUUCUCUUCUUAUCAGCUCUUCAGUCCGGGCUGGCACAAAUUACACGUGGCAAUCACAAAUGACACAGUACAUGCAGCUGUAGAUUGUGUAGAGUUAGAACCAGAGAGAAUUGCUCAGCACGACUUCCGCAACGCGUCAUCUAUUACCAUAGUUACGAACGACGAUGGCAGCCCAGCACAGAUAGACUUACAGUGGUUGUCUCUAAGCUGCAACCGUUUUAAUCUAACUGAAGAGAGCUGUGAAGAAAUUGACAUACCGCCCGAGUAUUUAGUGGCGACCACGACACCAAUAUUAACUGGAUCACCUAACGGGAGUCCUUUCACACCAUGCAACCAAACAUGUCCUCCUGGACCAGAAGGACUAAAAGGUGAACCGGGGCCUCUUGGAUACACGGGUCUACCGGGAGAAAGAGGUAUUCCAGGACCUAUUGGUCCGGAGGGGCCCCUUGGACCUAAAGGCGAGAAGGGUGACAGAGGACUCCCUGGGAAUUCCGAGAAUGUUACUUUGGUGGUAGGGCCACCAGGGGAAGUGGGCCGGCGUGGUCCAAAAGGGGACAAAGGGGAACAGGGACUGACUGGAGAACCCGGUGAAACAGGUUUAGUUGGAUUAGCUGGCCUCCCCGGAGUAGAUGGAAAAGAUGGUAAAACCGGCCCCGCCGGUCCUAUGGGGCCUCGUGGUGAGCCGGGUCCAGUAGGCCCGCCGGGACCUCCCGCUGUCAACACCCCUUUUACACGUGGUGCGAAAGGAGACCGUGGUGACCCUGGAAAACCAGGCAGAGAUGGAGAACCAGGGCCAGCAGGUCACCCGGGACUGGCAGGGACUACUGGUAUACCAGGACUUCAAGGACCCCCCGGUUUACCCGGCGUCCCCGGAGAAAGAGGUCCAGCUGGAUUGCAAGGCGUUCCAGGAGAAAAAGGCCCUGAAGGACCAGAGGGUCCCGAAGGACGACAAGGGAAGCCAGGACCUCCUGGCCCCCCCGGCACAACAAUCACAGCUACGCCCGGGAUAAGUAUACCUGGGCCCCCUGGCCCCCCAGGAGAGAAGGGUGCGAGUGGAAACCCUGGAAUUCCCGGUUUCCCCGGUAAAGACGGUAUUGAUGGAAUACCGGGGCCGCCUGGACAGCAAGGGCUACCUGGGUUGCCUGCUCCUAGUAGAACGAACGUUGAAAUUCCAUCAAUGACGGAGACUGACGUUAAAAAUAUUUGUGAGGACUUGAUCAGAGCACGGUUUCAAGAAAUGGCAGCAAACUUGAUUAUACCAUCGGUAGCCCCUAGCGUCAGUCGAAGAGGACCUCCAGGAAGACCAGGUCCUUCUGGAAACCCUGGGCUACCAGGUGAAUCAGGUUCGCAAGGACCACGAGGUUACCCUGGCGAGACUGGUGAACCUGGCAGACCGGGAGCUGCGGGACCUAGCGGAGAUAAGGGUGAUAAAGGUGAUAGAGGACCCGAAGGUGUUGGCCUACCCGGUCCUGAAGGACCUAGAGGAUUGACAGGUCCGAUGGGUCCGGUUGGUCCUGAAGGAAGAUCUGGUCAAAGAGGUGAUCCUGGUAGAAAUGGACCAGUAGGCCCCAGAGGUGUCCCAGGACCAAGAGGAAGCUGUGAAUGCCCCACUUCUGGGUACCCUGGCGUCGCAUACUAUGCUUAUUCAGCAUUGGGUAAUAAUAAGGGACCAUAGUUAAGAAUUUUUUGAUCCUGCCUUUUUUCCCAUUUUUUUUUAUUUAUUCGAAUGUCAUAUGGUUUAUAAAGGUUUAUAGUUGAAAACAUAUGCUGUAUAUAUGUUGGAAUAACUGUUAUCCUUGUGUGAUUUAAUUUAGACUAUAAAUAAAACUUGAUAGGCCAACAAAUAAAUAGCAUUCAAAAAAUCACACAUGAACAAUUAAUAUAACUUCUUUCCUUCGAAAGUUGGUUAAGUAUAAUAUGGAUAGAUGGACGUGGAUAGACUUCUAUGAUUGUAAAUAAUAAGAUCGAUUUCAAUUUGAAUAUACUAUUGUAAGUUGUACAGUAAUUUUUUAGAUUUACACUUGUUGUCAAGUAUAUAUUGCAUAUAUUCUGUUAUAUUUUUAUAUUAUAAUAGCUGU